AAUGCAACUAGUGAAAGAAUGACAGUCCCGCGAUCGGAGACCGGAAGACGAUCCGCGCUGAACUUUGCUCAUUUUUCAGCCACACCGCAAGAGUCAUUGGGUGAAACGUAGCGUAUCAACGGAUACCGACGAUAUCCUACGGAUACUGCAGAGUUGAUCCAAAGAAGUGAUUGAUUACUUACUAGCCUUGCACUUUUAGCCCAGAUCGCCAUUCCCUAUAAAAUUCUAUUUAAACUGUCUCUCUCCUCCUCAUACCCAUUCAAUGUACCAAUUACGACCACGUGUUACCGCAAUAUCAUCAUUGAAGCGCUUCUCAAAACCUUUAGUUGCCUCCUCUUUAUUGCUCAACUCAAAUCUUACACCUCGCUAUCCUCACUUUGCCAACCACAACCCCAGCCUCAAUAUUCAGACUCAUACCAAAUUCACUAUGGGCAGUACUCAGGACAUGAACCCGGGAAAGCCGGUCCUAUUUUUCGAUAUUGACAACUGCCUCUAUCCGAGGAGCUCAAAAGUCCAUGACAUAAUGGCUAAACUCAUCGAUGAGUACUUCUCUAAACACCUGGAGAUUCCAUGGGACGAAGCAGUGAAACUCCACAAAGAGUAUUACACCAAUUACGGCCUCGCCAUUGAGGGGCUGGUGCGCCAUCACCAAAUCGACCCCUUGGAUUACAACGCCAAAGUGGACGAUGCUUUACCCCUCGAAGGAAUCAUCAAGCCCAACCCUGAGCUACGCGAACUCCUUGACGACAUCGACAAGUCCAAGGUUACUGUAUGGCUUUUCACCAAUGCUUAUGUGAACCACGGAAAGAGAGUUGUUCGCCUCUUGGGCAUCGAGGACAUCUUCGAUGGUCUCACAUACUGCAACUAUGCGGAACAACCGUUACUCUGCAAGCCGGACCCCCGCAUGUACGAGAAGGCCAUGCGCGAAGCACGCGUCGAGCGUGUGGAGGAUUGUUACUUUGUUGAUGAUUCUGCCUUGAACUGCACAGAAGCCAAGAAAUUUGGUUGGACGGCUGCUCAUCUCGUUGAGGAGGGAGUACCAGCUCCAAAAACCCCUGCUUCGCAAUACCAAAUCCAGCACCUACGAGAGCUAAGGAACGUCUACCCGCAGUUCUUCAAAUCUACUUCAAACAAGGCAUAGAUUACGACAUUUGAGGUCGGUUACGAAAUAGAGAGGAUUAUGAGGCAUGUGAUAGAGUUUUAGACGGUGGCGUUCAAGGCGCUCACUCGGCUGAGAUACCUUUGUAUUAUGGUUUUUCAACAAAAAUAAUAA